AGAUCGAAAUGGGUAGAGCACAUGUAAGUGCUGGUGUUUUACUCCGUAAUUUUACAUUCAUUGGCCCAUGCAUUGCAGGAGCCCCCCCCCCCCCGCGCCACCGCCGCGUGGGGAAUGUGCCGAGGUCUCAUCACUAAAUGCGGGGAGUUCGGCCCCGGCUGAGUGGAGGGAGGCCGGGGGACGUCUAUUCCCGCCACCAAAUCACAACGUCAACAUCGGCAGCAAUCCGGCAUCUCAUAUUAUUAAUCUCGUUCAGCUCAAUCCUUUCUGUUCACAUAAGAGCUGGCGUAGCCCCCAUUCAAUUGACUUUGUAAAACCAAAGUGGUUCUUACCUGAACUGGUGACGACACCAUCUUUUUCAAAGUAUUGACAAUGCCUCACUCCAUUACCGUUAAAAAGAUCGAGGGGAAGCCCGGAAAGGUGUAUUAUCCCCUCCAACUCAAUGAGAUCCCAAAGCCGACUCCAGGGCCCAAAGAUGUCUUGGUGCGAUUAACGGCCGCGGCUCUCAACCACCGUGAUCUCUUCAUCCGGCGCCACCUGUACCCAGGCAUCUCAUUUGACCACCCGCUCAUGGCAGACGGAUACGGCAUCGUAGUCGAAGUCGGAAAGGACGCAGACAGAAGCCUCCUCAACAAGCCUGUUCUCAUCACACCCAGCCGCGGCUGGGCCUCGAGCCCGGACGGGCCGGAAGACAUUCGCAAAUUCAGCGUCAUCGGCGCCACUCAGACGUACCCGGACGGCACCGCGCAAGACUACCUCGCCCUCCCCCAGGACGAGGUCGAGCUGGCCCCGGAGCACCUCACCCCCGCCGAGGGCGCCGCCCUACCCCUCGUCGGGCUCACCGGCUGGCGCGCGCUCGUGACGAAGAGCGGAAACGCGGAGAAGGGCAGGAACAUCCUCGUCACGGGCAUCGGGGGCGGCGUGGCGCUCCAGGUCCUCCAGUUCGCUGUUGCAUUUGGCUGCAACGUCUACGUAACCUCUGGCGACGAGGCCAAGAUUGAAAAGGCCAAGAGCAUGGGCGCCGCGGGGGGCGUGAACUACAAGACCAAAGGGUGGGAGAAGGAGCUGCAGGCCCAGCUGCCCAAGUCGAGGCCGUAUCUUGACGCCGUGGUCGACGGUGCCGGCGGAGAUCUCGUUGGAAAGGCGGUCAAGGUGCUCAAGCCGGGCGGUGUCAUUAGCCAGUACGGCAUGACAGUGUCACCGCAGAUGGACUGGCUGAUGCAGGCUGUGCUCAAGAACGUGGAGCUCAAGGGCACGACUAUGGGCUCGCGCGAGGAGUUUAGGGACAUGGUUGCCUUUGUAAGGGAGAAGAAGAUUAGGCCUGUGGUGAGCCGGACGGUCAAGGGACUGACGAACCUCGAGGGGAUUGACGGACUGUUCAAGGAUAUGGAGGCGGGGAAACAGUUUGGCAAACUCGUUGUUGAGUUUGAGGAGCCCUCUGCGUCGCCUAAGCUGUAAGGGGGAACUUUGUGUCGCCAUGUACGACGUAGUAUAUGCAGAGUAUCCUUGAUAGUCACGAGGAUUUCUUUGAGUUUAAUCAAAACCUGGCAAGGAAUGGAAGUGCUCUUACUUAAGCCUCCUUAGUAUCGAAUGCUUCCAUUUGGUUGACCGCUAUCUUUGAGACUUUCCAAUCAACUCACGUCAAGGUAACUGAGCAAGCCAAUUACAUCCUCCAACUUAUCAACUAGCUGUGUAGGUAGC